UUAAUAAAGUAAAAAGUAAUCACUUCAACUUCACUAAAUCAGAAUCAGGUUUCAUAGUUCAACAUGUUAAGCGAUAAAAUUGAUAUUCUCAAAACAAAUUAACAAAAACAAAACAUUUCCAAUGGAAUAGGUCUUUGUUUUACCUAGCUUGUAGUGUUUCCCACAUGGUAAUCAAAUGCGGGCUAGUCUUUGAUUAAUAAUGAAAAAUUUUGAUACCUAUGAUUCAAUCAAAGAUAAACAAGUUGGUGUACCUAAUGGAGAAAAUUUAAGAACUGGAGAGACAGAGCCUGAAGAAGAUAAUUUUAAUAAAAUAAAAACUGUAGCGAAGCAGUAUGACUUCGAUACAAAGCUGUGUUAUUCAAAUAAUUUAAGUUUAGACUUGAGAAGCCAAAGUUUACCAGACUGUAGUAAUAAUGACAGCCAGUUAAAUGUAUCUCUAGAUGAUUGUGAUUGCAGUAGACCGCAGUAUGAGGAUAAUUCUCCUAGUCCUAAAAGUGACUCAUGGUUUAAGACUUUUAGAACAUGGCCAGAAAGAUACGAAAAAUUAAAAAAUGUAGAAACAAGCCCUAAUUCAUCUGCAACAAAACCAGAAAAUACUCAUGAAAGCUCUCAUUGUGAUCUUAUUGAUAAUUCAAAUUUAAAAAAUAAACUCUCGUUUAAUGAAGCUUUACAAAACAUAUCAUUAGCUUAUAGUCCAAUAACGAAACAGUUACAUUUAGUUGACAAUCCUAAGAUUUGUGAGACUGAUUGUAAUAAUGACAAACAUUUUGGCAAUACCGAAGACAGUACAGCAAAGAAGUUGGGACAUAGAAGGACUGAAGCUGGAUCGUUUUCUAGCACUAUCUCCAGCUGGAGUGCUAUUAGUGAUCCUUCAACCUCUGGGAGCUUGAUAGGCUCUGAAGAUAGAUCUGUGUCUAGUUUUGAUAUCAACAAUUAUAAACCAAGGAGGAAAAGUCUCACUAGUUUCUUCUCCAAACAUGUAUUUACAUGGAAAGGUGCAUCAAACGAACCUGUUAUUAGUGGCAGUGUGUGGAAGAUAUUCAGCAAACAACCCAGUCAAAGUGUUCAUGGCUCUCCCUUGCAUGGGGUAGCAAGUUCCUCUGCUUUAAUCCAGCAUGAAAGACCUUCAAACUUACCAGCGAAAUCUCAAGAUGAAGAACAAAGGCACAAAGAUGAAUAUAGGGCCAUAUUGGUAGCUGCUAAAAAGAAAGAGGCUCAAACAUCAGCUGCCAAACAGAAGCAACAGAAGUUACAAUUAAAAGUAGAAGAACAACAAGCAACUGCUACCAAACACUUUACCCAAAAUGUUCUUCCAAAUUGGAAUACAAUGCGUUCACAUAAGAAAACUCUUGAUCUCUGGUGGCAAGGAAUUCCUUCAAGUGUCAGAGGAAAGGUAUGGAAGCUCGCUAUAGGCAACGAACUGAAUCUCACUCCUCAACUCUACGAUAUUUGCCUUAAUAGAGCCCAAAAUCGUCUUAACAAUACUGAUGGAAUCCAAUGUGAGUCUGAAGGAGAUCAAGAAAGCAGUAUGGAUGUUAUACAGCUAGAUAUUUCAAGAACUUUUCCACACCUGGGAAUAUUUCAAGAAGGAGGACCUUAUUCUGAAGCUUUGCACUCUCUGUUAGCCGCAUAUGUGUGCUAUAGGCCUGACGUUGGAUACGUCCAAGGAAUGUCAUAUAUAGCAGCGAUUUUAAUCCUUAAUAUGGAGCCAUGCGAUGCUUUUAUAUGUUUUGCAAAUUUACUUAACCAGCCACUUCAUCUUUCGGCGUUUACUCUGAACCAGAGUAGAAUGCAGACAUACUACAACGCCUACGACCAAAUUUUUAGUUAUAACUUACCGAAACUUCAUGCUCAUUUCACUAACUCUGGACUGACGCCCGAUUUGUAUUUACUGGACUGGAUAUACACGAUAUAUGCGAAGGCUAUGCCCUUGGAUAUCGCUUGUAGAGUGUGGGACGUUUUCCUUCGUGAUGGCUAUGAAUUUAUUUUUAGGACUGCUCUAGGAAUACUUUACUUGCAUCAAGACGUUUUGAUUUAUAUGGACUUUCUGCAAGGAGCACAGUUUCUUACUCACUUACCAGAAGAUAUAUCGGCAGAUUCUCUCUUUAAAAGUAUACAAUUAGUUAACACUACGAUAGGCAAACAAACUUUUAGUCAAAUUGUUGAGAAGUGUAAGUUUAGUUAGUAUAUAUUUAAAAUAUUUAAUUUCUUCUUCUGGAAGAUGCGUUUUGAGAAAAAACUUUAUGACAUACAGUGCGUGGUUAUCUUAAAUUAAUCUCGAAAAGUCAGGUCAUUCAGCCCUUUUUAAAUUGUGUGAUAUAGGUCUUCCACUCUAACUUUUCCCAUGCGUCACGAUUUAUUUUAAGUUUAAUCAAAAAAUAAAGUAAAACGUACGUCGAUGUGUAGAUCAUUAAUACAUACUGUCAGAGUGUCCGUGGUCAUAUUUAGGAAAUUGCUAUUAUCCCGUGAAUGUAUUUUAUAAAGUUAUUUUAUUGAAGUGUUUAUGGAAGUUGGACAAAUGCCAGGUGAAUGGAGAAGCAGUAUAUUAGUUAGUACCUGUCUACAAAAACAAGGGAGACAUACAACAAUGUACAAACUACAGGGCUAUAAAACUACUUAGCCACACCAUGAAAAUAUGGGAGAAAGUAAUUGAUAGACAAAUAUCCGAUAAUCAGUUUGGCUUUAUGCAGGGCAGAUCAACAACAGAUGCAAUUUUCAUUGUAAGGCAACUGAUGGAAAAAUACAGGAAUAAAGAGACCAACGCUCAUAUGGAAUUCAUUGAUCUUGAGAAAGCAUAUGAUAGAGUUCCUCGAGAGAUUUUGUGGUGGGCACUCAAUAAGGAGUCCCUGGCGAAUAUGUAAAGAUUGUGAGAGAUAUGUAUGAGGGAGUAACGACUAGUGUUAGGACAGGUGUGGGAGAGACUGGUAAAUUUCAGGUGAAAGUAGGAUUGCACCAAGGCUCGGUGCUUAGUCCUUAUUUAUUCUCAUUAGUUUUGGACCAGAUAACAGCGAAACUACAGGGUAGCAUUCCAUGGUGCCUAAUGUAUGCUGAUGAUGUAGUGUUAGUAGGAAAUAGUGAAAGAGACAGAACAAAAACUGGAACAGUGGAGACAAGCUCUGGAUGAAAAAGGUCUAUCUUAGUAGGAUAAAAACAGAGUAUUUGGAGUGUUCAUUUAAAGAUGGAGUUACUACAAAUAAAAUGGUAUCUUUGGAUGGUGAAAUGAUUGUGAAAAGCAAUAGUUUUAAGUACCUGGGAUCGGUAUUACAGAGUAAUAGAGAAAUAGAUGGAGAUGCAUGCAGUAGAAUUAGGGCUGGAUGGAUGAAGUGGAAAGAAGCGAGUGGUGUGUUGUGUGACAGAAAAAUUCCAAUGAACCUGAAGGGAAAAUUCUAUAAAACAGCCAUAAGACCGGCUAUGAUGUACGGAACUGAAUGUUGGGCAGUGAAAAAGAAAGAGGAACAACGAAUGCAUGUGGCGGAAAUGAGAAUGCUUAGAUGGAUGAGUGGAGUGACAAAGAAGGAUAAAAUUAGAAAUAAGUAUAUUAGGGGAAGUCUAGGUGUGGCACCAAUUGAUGCCAAAAUGAGACAGCAUAGGUUAAGAUGGUUUGGUCAUGUUCAAUGUCGGGACGUUAAUUACCCAAUACGAAGAAUAGUUGAAGUGCAGAUUCCUGGAAGGAGUAGGAGAGGAAGACCAAAGAAGACCUGGGGGGAGACGAUAAGGCAGGACAUGUUGGUAAAGGGGAUUAACAUUGAUAUGACCCAAGAUAGAAUUGUGUGGAGAAAUGCAAUUAGGGAAGCCGACCCCGCAUAGGGAUAAGGCAAAUAGAAUGAUGAUGACGAUUUUAUUGAAGUGUUUAAUAUUUUUUUCGCUAUUGAGGAGAUUGAUGGACUCAACAUUAAGCAUAAAGAUAAGACCUACAAAAUAUAAAGCUAAAUAUAGAACGGUACUAAAUAAAUUAAAAAACAGUCACAACAAAAAAGUUAAUAUUGUUAAGAAGAUUUAAUAUUGCCUAAGGUUGAGAAAUACAAAGCUGUCGAGUGAAUUACAUAAAUAAAUUAUUAAUAUUUUUAAUAAUAUAUCGUACCUUUGGGUAAACAGUGAUACAAGUGCAAAUUUUUCACAAAUUUAGUUAUCAACACUACGAUAUUACUAAUACUCGUCUUUGUCUGGGGACCCCAAAGUCAGUAUUGCAACUCUUCCUUUAUUUAACUGAAAUAUUUAUUUUUUGUAAAUAUAAAACCACAUAAACUUUAUUGACAAAUAAAUAAAACUUUAUUGAUUUAUAAAACCAAAUAAACAAUAAAUGCAACUAAACCAAUAAAGUUUCACUGUCAUUGAAAAUUAUAAACGCCAAAAUUCAUAAAUGAGAGACCUAUCAAAGACAUUCUGUAUUAUUGAAGUGAUACUUCUUAACGAUCGAGAGUGAAAUUUUAUAAUGCCGGGCGCAUGCGCACACAGACAGUAUGUAGUUCGUUGCUAAUCUUUCAAGAUAUAUAUGUAUCAGCGCUGUCAGCAAAUAAGUCAUUAAAAGGAUAUUAGUGUUUUUAUUAAAUGUAUUAUUUAUUAUAAUUUUUGUGUCUUUGGAUUUGUCUUCCUCGGGAAUAAGAUAUUUUAUAAUAAUAGUUAGUAUAGUUAAAGUAUUUUUGUAGACUUCAUUUGGUCUAUUAAAUUUGUCAGUAUAUAUGAGAAAUCUUGUAACCUGCCAAAGCAAAGGCAGUUUAGCUCAGUGGGAAAGUGUGUGACCGGAGAUCGAGAGGUCCCGGGUUCAAAUCCCGGACGAUUCAUAUUCUUUUUUUUUUUAAUUUUUGGUAUCGUUUUAAUAAAAAAAUUUUAAAAGUGGUAGGUAAGAAAGUUAGUUUAAUAUUUAAAUAAAUUACAUAUAACCUGUUAAGUAUAUUUAUUUCUUUGAAAUUAUAUAAUAGAAAUAUAACUUCUUACAUGCGUACAAAGUACACACACAUUCUUUUUUAUCCUUGUUUAACUUAUGUAUUGUGAUUUCUAUGGAAAAGCUGCUUAAUUUUGUGAUACCUACUAGUUUCUGUGAGUAAAAAAGAGACCUAGUAUAAAAAGUAAUUCGUGAAUAAUUUCAUGCAUGUGCAAAGAUAUAAUGGAAGAACUGUAUCAACCAAUGUGCAAUGUAUUGAUGAAAUAUUGAUUGUUUCAGAACAAAGAAUGUAAAUUUGCUUUUGGCACCAAUAACUUUUAUUUCAUUUACUGAAUAAAUGCCACGUUUAAAAUUGGCUUUAAAUUGAAGCAAACUUCCAGAAAAAUGUGCUCAUUGUUUUUUUAAUGUUAAAGUAUUAAAUGUUUGCAAGAUUUGCCAAUGCACUGUAUUUAAAAAAUAUCUAAAAUUUGAGAACUGAUAUGUUAGAUCUAACGAAGAAAUUAUUAGAUAUGUUAUCUAAUGUAGAAGAAUAGUGUUACUCAGAUCCCGACUCUCGUAAAUUAUUUAAUUGGUAUGUGCUUUAAGUUUUAAUAUUUCUGAGGCAAACGCUUAGUUUGAAAGUUUGAAAAAUAGCUUCUGUUAAAAAAUCUGUCCAAAGCUGAAUGUUGUAAUCUGUGUAUAUUAUGAACAAAUUAUUUUUAUACUUCUGUCCCCUAAGCGCCUGCUUUAACCUAGUAUAUAGUAUAUAAUGUGUCCACGGACGGGGCGCCCAAGAGGAAAACUUUUCUUGAUAAAAUUUUUUGCUUGUUCUGAAACCCUAUAAAACGAAAUAAAAAUUCAAGUUUUUCAAAACCUGCCUAAUUUUGUACCCAAUUUGAUGUAAAUGUCUAUAAAUUUUUGCACUAAGUUCGAAAUCGUAACAAUAAUCUAGUGUUGCUAAGCUACAAUGUACAGUUACGGUCAUUGAAUAGUUUACAGGCUUACGUAUCUAGGAGCCGAUUUUUUAAAUUGUUACCUCGUUUAAACUCACGGUUCUUAGACAUUACUACGGUUGCCUAAAUCGACUAACCAAUGAACAUUAAGGAUGAGAUUACGUCACGAGAGUUUACUGUCAUUUGAAUCGUAAUAUGAUUUUUUUCGAAUCCUGAGAAAACCAAGUAUUUUAGAAAAAUUUAAUCGCAGGAUGCAAGAUUACAUUAUUACCGAGGGCGGAAAGCCCCUUAGAAUAAACAAGCAGAUUCUAUUGAAUGAAAUAUUUGAAAUUAAAUAUCACACUUCUCUUUUAUUUUCAGCCCUGUAACUUAUUAAAAUAAACAUUAUAGAAGUUUUCAGGCACUUUCAGCCCUCGGUAAUAAUGCAGUCUUUCAUUCUGAGUUUAAAUUUUUCAAAAAUAUUUAUUAGUUUUCUCAGGAUUCGAAAAAAAUGAAUACAAUUAAAACACAUUGAGAAUUUUGACAUGCGUCAAAGUUUUGCAUUAACUCAAUGUAAAAUUCUGAACUGUUGAAUUCCAGCUUCCCUAAUAAUUAUUUUACAUCAAAAGACAUUAGAAACUAUUUGAAGAGGAUUGAAAUCUGUAUUGGAAAUAACUGUUAAAAUUGGUCUACGUAAUUAAACAUAUUCCAAAAUUUUGUAAAAAUGUAAUACAUUUUAGUUUUCAGCCCAAACGUAGGCCACCCACAAUGCAAUAAUGUUCACAUUUUUGAACUGUCAAUAUUUUUAUUUUAUCAUGUAUUGUUUAAAAACAAUACAGUUGAUAAGGUACCCUCAGUUGCGGAGAAAGGAUUAGUAAUAAAGAUUUUUUUAUUCAGUCAAUGGUGUGAGCACUGUCAGCAUAGUAAUGUGUGGCCUUUCUUUUACACGCAUACCUAUUGUGGCAAAUGUAUCAUAUUUUUCAAAAUUUUGGAAUGCAUUUAAAUCGUAGAACAAUUUUAACUUUUGAUUUUAAUACAGAUUUUAAUUCUCUACAAGUAUUCUCUCAUGACUUUUGACGUAGAAUAAUUAGGGAAGCAGGAAUUCAACAAUUCAGAAUUUUACAUUGAGUUUCCUAUGGCCGUUUUUACGAUUCACCACCCGGUAUAAGAUAAAAUGUGGACUAUUUGUCUUAUUAUUUCAUAAUAACACAAAUAAUACACAUAUAUACACAAUAACACACAUUCAAUGAUCGAAAAUAAUUUAAAAAUAUGGGAAUGUAAACUCUUGUGACGUAAAGUCAAAAAUAUAAGUCUCCCCACCACCGUCGGACAAGACAACCGUAAUAAAAUCUAAUAACCGUGGUUUCAACUCACCUUUUACGUCAAAGUGACGUUAACAGUGGUGUAUCUAGAAUAGUUUAUUUAAAAUUAAAAAAUAAAAAUAAUAUAAAAAUAUAUUUUUCAAAGUUUAAUAAAAUGGAAAGUAUAUAAAGAAGUUUUUUUUGAAUGGAAUAGAUUAUGGUCUUAAUAAUGAAAACAAUGAAGUCUGGUUUGAAAAUACCGAUUUUAUUUUAUAUAUAUCCAAAAUUAUCCAAUUUUUGUUUGAUUUUCAAUAUGCACAUACAACAGUGCGUAAAUCGUUCAGCUGGACAUAGGGAACAUACAUUGGAUAUAUUUAGAUACAUAAAUACGUACAUUGUAUUAUAUUAAGAUAAUUGUGGCAACUCCGCUGUCUCAAUGAAAAUAUACUUGUUAGAAUUAAGAUGCAUUAACCUCAAAAUUGACAAAUAAUUUCGGCUGACACAAAUAAACGUCAAAACAUGAUAUUCUAGAACUAUUUUUGACCUAAUGGGAAAACUGUGUCUGUUUAAUUUGGAAAUUAAUUUUUAAAUAAAAGAUAUUUUAAAAAUUAAAGUAAAAUUAUUAAUUCAUGAGUCAUAAUCUUUGUUUUUGAUUUAUUUAUGGACUGCCUUGCAUUCAAAAUCAUUCAUUCUAUUCGUUGUAACAACUCUAUUGCACCAGAAACUCGUAUUCGAACAGAAGUUUGAACUAACACAGGUUAGCGCAGUUGCCACAAUGAUUUCAAUGUAUAUUCCCUAUGUCCAGUAGAACGAUUUACGUACUGUAUAUGGCUCACGUCCAAAUCUGCAGCAACUUGUCUUAAAAACCAACCUUCUUCGAGUUUGGCAAUUGCUCUUGCUUUUGUGCAUUAUUCAAAUUUAUUAUAACCAUUUUGGAGGACUUUGAUAUCGUUAUUUUAUGUUUCAACACUCGCGAAAUUUUUGACAAGCAUUGACUUUUUGACUUUGACAUUUAUGAAAUCCGUACGACACUGUAAUUUUACAGUAUUAUAAUAUAAAAAUUAAGGUGUAAACUAUUCAGUGAUCGUAACUGUAGCUUUUGUUGUUUGUUUGGGUUUAUAUGACUGCGGACACUAAGUCCAUUCGCCAAAUGUAGCUUAGUACAAUGUAGCUUAGUACAUAACUGUAAACUCCGAUAAACAAUUUGCGAACUGUCAUUUUUUUUUUGAAAAUGUUAAGCGUUCAAUACAGAAUUUAUCUUGUGAUAAAUUUCAUUAUUAAAAUUAUUGGAAGAAAAAUUAUUUAAUUAUUAAAUAAUUGCAUGUUUAAGGAGAACGGCAAAAUCUGGUUUUAUAAUCAAAGAAGCGAAAGGGUUGUUCUCCCAAGUUAUUAUUGUUACAAUUUCGAACUAAGUGCAAAUAUUUGUAGGGAUUUACAUAAAAUUAGCUAUAAAAUUAAGCACGUUCUGAAAAAAUUUAAUUUUAUUUCGUUUUAUGGGGUUUUAGAACAAGUAAAACUUUUUAUCAAGAAUGACAUUUUUCGACACCCACGGACACCCUAUCCGUGGAUACACUGUAUAAAGGUAUUUCAUAUUAUUCUGUAGAAAAACAUACUGAUACAAAAUUUUGGCAAUAGAACGCCAAAGCAGCCAAAGAUACUGAAUACAUUACAUAAAAAAUUAAACAUUUUUUUAAAGGAAGACAUAUAAACAUUGCUACAGCUAACCGAUUAUAACGUGACCGGUGAAAAUCUUUCCCUCGAGUUGCUCAUAGCAAAAAAUAUUAAUUUUAACAAAAAUAAAGCAAUAUUUACAUGCAGUUUACCAACAACAUAACACUGCAUCAAUUUAAACAAUAAAACAAAGGUUUAGAUGUUUACAUUCAAUAAUUACCAAUGGAAAGUUUUUUAACAAAGUAGCUAUCAAAACGGGCAAUAGAAUAUGCACUUCAUUCAAGAAGACAAAGGAACUGCUACAUAUCUACUCCACAUCCCCUACCCUGUUUAAAAUAUUCCUGAAAAAAACUCUGAAACCAUGGAAACGAAAGUGCGAAUGAAUGGGUAUACGGGUAAAAAACGAAUACCUAUAUUGGGACCGUGCAAGUUCGGCAAAGCGACCCCUAUUUCUACGCUCUGUACUUUUAUUCGCUUUUUUAAUUAUAUUGGCCAAUUAUAUUAGUCCUGGUUGCUGGAUAAUUGUCAAGGCCAUAGUCCAAAAAAAUAGUAAGAAGAAAAAAUAAGAUUCAGGUUAUGUUAUGAAAACGUGAACAAUUGUAUGUAGUAAAUAAAAUUAGUUAUUAAAAUGCAGUACUGCACUCAAAAUACAAUUAAUUAAAUUUACCUUUAUAUAAUAAUUGCAUAUCAUAUCAAUAUUGUGGAGCAAUAUAUAAUUUUUCUGCUUCAAUGACAGAAGGUAUGAAAUAUAUGUAAAUUUGACAAUUUCAAUUGACAAUAUGAAUUAUUUAAGAAAGUUGCAAUAUUUCUCCGCGACUCGCGCACCGUCGUUUCUCGUUUCCCUUCCAAGUACUUGCACACCGCGAAUACCGUAAGUUUUACUGACGACCAAAUAGUGAUCAGACGAGACGAAGAUGACAUCAAUUUUAUGAUGAGAAAACUGGAACAGGAAUAAAAGAACUGGAACAAAGAAUGGAAUGGAAAUAAACCUAAAGAAAACUGAAUACCUAACAAUGAAGAAUACAAAAAUAAAACAGAUGGAAAUAGAGGGAGGUAAACAAAUCAAAGGAACAUACAAGUGCAAGUAUUUAGGUUUCAUAUUAUCAAACAAAGGAACAACUGGAGAAGACAUACAAAAUAGACUAGGACAAACAAGAUACUGUAUACGAAAAUUGAACCCGGUACUGUAGCAUAAGAACAUCAGUAUAAAAACAAAAAUAAGAAUAUAUAAUACCAUGACAAGAAAUAUCCUGACUUAUGGGUGUGAAAAUUGCAUAAUAAAUAAGAAAAUUAAAACCAAAAUAAGAGCAACAGAAAUGGAAAUCCUAAGAAGAAGCUGCAGAGUAACAAGAAGAGAUAGAAUAAAUAACAUAGGGAUUAAGGACAUAAUGGGAAUGAACUCAAGAACAGAUGAGAUUAACCUGGUACGGACAUGUCAGAAGAGCAGACAAAAAACGUUGGAUAAACAGAAUAACAGAGUGGAGCCCGAUAGGAAGAAGGAAAAGCGGCAGACCCCGAAGAUUUUUCAGAGAUGAAGCGAACGAUGCCAUGGAAAGAAGAAAUCUUCAGGAAGGGAACUGGCAAAACUGAAGAGAUCUGUUGAGUGAAGGAAUACAGUGAACACUGCAGAAAUCCUUAGUAUACAUGUAUAAGUUUUUAAUCAAAACUAAUUACUAUACACUGCCAUUAUUCAAAAUUAUUCUUCUUUUUUUCAUUUAAAGAAGUCCACAACAGUAAGUUUAUUAUUUCUGCUAUUAAUAAGGAGUGGUAGAACUUUAAUAUUGUCAAUGAAUCUGUCAAAAUAUUCAUAAGCUCAGUAAAUCGAUUGUUGAAUCGGCAGGUGUAAAAUUACAAUUUUUCCUUACCAGCCACGUUAGAAUCGGACAGCUGUACAAGAUCAAGUAUCGAUAUAUUUAAAUCGAUUUUUUUGUUGAUCGAUACAACGAUUAAUUAUUAUCGAAUAUUGCAGAUAUUUUGUCCGUAGUAGCACAAAAAUAUAAACAUUAGUGCCUUCUAAAUUUUUUGAAAUACCUUGUGUACUAAAACUGUUAAUGGAUUGAAUUACUUCCGUAUAUCUCAAAUUCAUCAAUCGGUGUUAAAGUAUGGUUUUUAUAUGUCACAUAAUGUGUAUUUAUUUAGGUUUGAGCCCGGCUCAGAUUUUUUUACUGUGUGAGUUAUAGGAAAAGUUCAUUUUAACAAAUAUACUGACUGAUUCAUUAGUAGAUAAGUAUUUUACGAAUAUUACCUAUAUCAAGUUUCUCAGUUUUUUCUGUUGCAAGCUUUCAAACAUUAGCUGUCAAAAUAUUCAUAAGCUCAUGUUGCAUUAUGAGAAAGCAUUCGAUAACGUUCGAUGCACUUGAAAACUCCACCAUAACACUGAAUAGUAAGUCCAUUGAAAGAGAGCAAAUUUAAAUACCUGGGAAGAUGGCUUUUUGAAGAGUGGGCAUCGGACAGGGAAGUAAAAUGUCGCAUUGAGCAAGCUCGAGAAGCUUUCGUAAAAUUCAGGAAGGUACUGACCACUGACUUGUUCAGAGUUCGACCUUCAAUUGAGACUAAGGUUUACUAAGUGCUACGUAUGGUCGGUACUGCUAUCGGCAUGGAGGGCUGGACACUCAAAACGAGGGAUAUAAACAGAUUAGAAGCCUUCGAAAUGUGGCUAUAUCGCCGUAUCCUAAAGAUGCCACGGACGGCGAAAGUCACAAAUGUAGAUGUCCUUAAAAUAAUCAACCAAGAAUGUCAACUUUUCGAAAUUAUCAAGAAAAGGAAAACGGCAUACCUGGGUUACAUCAUGCGAAACUAAAAAGACCAGUUCCUUCAACUUAUAAUCGAGGUUAAAAUUGAAGGCAAGAGAGGAAUAGAACGCAAGAAAAUGUCCUGGCUCCAAACAUAACGCAAUGGACAGGGAUUACUGACAUAUAACCUCUGAUAUCGUUCGUCCGCUAUAACUUUUCCCAUGCGUCACGAUUGAUUUUCAAACAAAUUAAGUCAAAACAUAAAGUAAAACAAACGUCGAUGUGUAUAUACAUUUUGUAUACUGUAUAUUAUAUAUACUACACACAUCGGCGUACGUUUUACUUUAUGUUUUGACUUAAUUUGUUUGAAAAUGAAUCGUGACGCAUGAGAAAAGUUAUAGCGGACGAACUUUAUUUAUGCAUUGCAACAAACAGAGAGAUAAUGGAAAAUGUGAUCGCUAACAUCCAUUAAUGGAUUUGCAUCUAAAGAAGAAGAAGAAGAUUAUAUAUCUAGGACUUGAAAUUAUGUCAUGGCGACGUAAUAUUUGCCAAUGGACGAGAAUCCACAGUUAUGAAAUGCUUCGCAAUACUGCUAAAAACAGAAUUAUUUAAUUCUGACUGUCUAACAUCUCACUUGACAAAACAGUGGACGCCUACGCAGAAAUGCACGGCACCUUAAGAAGAAGAAUCAUAUAAAUGUAGUGUUUUUAGUAGUCUCCUUCUUCUUUUGGUGCUGUGUCCGUUUUCAGACGACCGUCAUCAUGUUUACGAGUUCUUGAAACCUUUAUCGUUUUUAGUAGUAAGAGACCAUUACUUUACACUUCUAAAACCGUAUCAAUUCCUUUAGUUCCUUCAGCACUUUAUACACAGUUUUCAGAAUAUUGCAUGCUCUCUUUAAACCUUUACUUACGCGUAUUCUUGAGAAUUUUACGCGUUAUUCUUGAGAAGGAACAGUAUGUCCUUUUGUUCCUUCACUAUUUUAUAUAUAACGUUCAGAACAUUUCAGACCCUCUUUAAAACAUGUGCAGGUAAAUGUGCCAAAAUUUUAUAAACGUCAUAGACAAUAAAAAGUCAAUAUUCAAAAUUUGUAAUUGAUAGAUAAUAUUUUGUAUAUCAGUCAGUAUAUUUUUUUAACGAGUGUAAAUAAAUACAGCACUGGGACUAAUUUUUUUUGCUAUGUACAUGACAAUAGGCUCUCUUAAAACAAUAAUACUCUCGAAUUUUCACCGCAAUAUUCUAUGCAAAAAGUUGAAGAACAAACAUUUAGUUGAUACUUAGUAUUUGGGUUGAUUGUUGAGUGAAUAGAACACAAAAUAAGAUAUCCAAAAUUAUAUGAGCCCUCUAUCUAGUAUUAAUAUUUCAUGACAAUAUAAUUUGAGGGGAUUGAUAUGUACUGAGGUUUCUAUGGACAAGCGGCUUAAUUUUGCGAUGCUAGUUUCUGUGAGUAAAAAAGAGACAUAGUAUAAUAGAUGGGAUGAAAAGUUCGUAGGCUGACACAUAGAUGACACUACUGGUAUUAAAUCCAUAUGAUGUUUAGUCAGCCCUAACCUUCAAAGGAUGCCUGUAUCAAUUUGACAGCUGUCGAAGUAUUAGUUUAUUAGAAUAUAGGAUUUUGAGUGAAGCAACGUGUGUUAGUUAAAAAAAUGGAUAAAAAGGAAUUUUGUGUCUCAAUAGAGCAUUGCGUUUUCGCUAAAAGAAAUAUUGUUGAUGUCAAUGCUUGGCUUGAUACACAUUAUUCGGACUCUGCACCAGGAAAACCAACCGUUGAGAAAUGAUUUGUUAAGUUUAAACGAGGCGAAAUGAGCACCGAGGACGAUGCACGCAGCGGACGCCCCAAAGAGGCUGUUACCGACGAAAACAUAAAAAAGUCCCCAAAAUAACUUUGGAUGACCGUAAAGUGAAGUUUGUUGAGAUAGCUGAAACUUUUAAGAUAUCAAAGGAACGUGUUGGAUAUAUUGUGCAUGAAUAUUUGGGUAUGCGAAAGCUCUGUGCAAAGGGGGUGCCGCGAGAGCUCACAAUCGAUAAAAAAAAACAACGAAUCGAUGAUUCUGAGAAGUGUUUGAAGCUCUUCAAUUGUAAUAAAACCGAAUUUUUGCGUCGAUAUAUUAUAAUGGAUGAAAAAUGGCUCCAUCAUUUCACACCGGAGUCCAAUCGACAGUUUGCCGAGUGGACUGCACGUGAUGAACCGACUCCAAAGUGUGAAAAGACGCAACAGUCGGCUGGCAAGGUUAUGGCAACAGUAUUUUGGGAUGCGCAUGGUAUAAUAUUCAUCGACUAUCUUGAAAAGGGAAAAAUCAUGAACAACGACUAUUACAUUGCGGUAUUGAAGCGUUUGCAUGACGAAAUCGCGAAAAAACGGCCCCAUUUGAAGAAAAAGAAAGUACUCUUUUAUCAAGACAACGCACCUUGUCACAAAUCAAUGAAAUGGCAAAAUUUCAUGAAUUGGGCUUCGAAUUACUUCCGCAGCCACCGUAUUCACCAGAUAUGACUCCCAGUGACUACCACCUGUUUGCUGACCUCAAGAGAAUGCUCCCUGGAAAGAAAUUUAGUACGAAUGAAGAGAUAAUAGCCGAAACUUAGGCUUAUUAUGAGGCUAAAGAUUUUUUUUAUUAUUUAAUGGCAUAGACAUUAGUCAUUCAGCCAGUUGAAUUAAAGAAUAUACAAUCCUAUCCCUAAUAAAAAACUUAAACAGAAUCAAUAUACUAAUACAAUAAAUAACACAAUACAAUAAUAAUACAAUAAAAAAAAUGAUGGAUUUCUGAUAAAAUGAUAUAACAUUUUUGAUAAAAAAGGAUGCAAAUCUGAACAUAAAUCAUAAAAAAUUUCACUCCCGCUUACAAAUCUUAUAGGGCCGUGCGUGUAUCUGACAAGAAAUGUAUAAUGAUAUUGUAUAUUUGUUGUGAGCCUGUAGCCUAAAGAUAAAUUGUAUUAUAAAAAUGGUAUUAAAAAGUUGUAUGACCGCUAUAAUCGUUGUGUCGUCCUCGAAGGUAACAAUAUUGAAUAAUAAAAUCAAAUUUUAUCAAAAACAAAAUUCUUUCUGUCAGCCUACGAACUUUUCAGCCUAACGAUUACAAAGUAAUUCGUGAAUAAUUUCAUGCAUGGGAAAAGAUAGAGUGGAAGAACUAUAGUUUUAUUGCCGCAUUUUACAUUUUCAAACCUCUGUCAGAAUCAACAAAAUCUCUGUGUGCGGAGUGAAGUAAAAUACUAUUAAUAAUUAAUGUUGCAGUGCUGUAUUUAACAAUUUGUUUAACUUAGAGAUGUUUUAAGUCUAGUUUAAAGACCUAUUUAUAUAGUUUUUAAAUUAUAGAUAGUUUAAAAUUCAACCAAAGCCCAUCUCAAACUUGAACUAGGUUUAAAAUGUUCAUAAAGCGUCUUUAAAUAAAGAUACACUCACCGUCAAAAGAUAAACAACAAAAAUUUGCGAAACUUUUUCAAAUUUCAAAUAAAUUUAUUUUUGGUGGUGAGUAUACAUGAUUUAAAAUAGUUAAUCUAAUGACUUUUAUGGAAAGUCUAUUUCCUACUAGGUUUUAAAAAUAUUUUAUGUGAAAAUAAUUAUAUAUUUAUUUUCGAUUAAUUCUUUGAAAUAUAUUUUUGAGUAGUGUUAAUUUAUACAAGUGUACAUAAUAUAGGAACUGUAUUCAGUACCUACUAUUAUUUCGUUUCAGCACACUAGCAGCUCCAGUUUAGUUAUGACAUAAUGAAUAUUAAGACAUGGAAAAUAUAUUUAUUCAUCUAUUUUA